AUUCAUUAAAAUAAAAUAAAAAAAAAGAUGGCCAUUUUAAUCCGAGUGUGGCUACAUAGCCCAACAACUUCAACUGAAUCGGGCUUUGUUGAUGAUAUGGGCCAAUAAGCCAUCAUCCACAACCGGACACAACAAACGAAAAAUUGGGAAACGCAAAAAUCACUAAUUUGAUACCAUUCCCUCUCCAUUUCCCCAAUCCCCCCUACAUUUUCCCGCGGAAAGUCAUAUUGCGCGCUCUCUGCUAACAAAACCCUAAAUUGAGAUUUGUAGCUUUCCUCCGACCAAUUAUUCAUGUAUCUCGGUCGUGCUUCAGCCUUCAACGAUUGAGGACGUCCUAUUACAGAGGAGUAGUCUUUCGGAUAGCAGCGACGGAGACAAUCAAUUGCGAGCUUGGUGACUCCCUCCGAGCGAGUCAGAACGGGAAAGAGUCUCCCGCCCUGUAAUAACCUUCGAAGACCAGGUAUUCGUCGGCGUUGAUUCCUUGCUCAGCUUUCGCUUUGAAUCCCUUUCGAUUCCUGUUUUAGGUAGACCACAAGGGAUUGGUACACUGAAGGUGGGUCCGGUAUAAAAUGACGAUGGCAUCAGCUGCGAAUUGGGUAGAAAUGGGAAACGGGCCCGUGAAGAGGAAGAAGAGGAUGUGACAAACAAUGGAUUCAGGAAGAUGGGUUAACCAGUCAGUAGCAGUUGAGGCAUCCUCUUCUUCCUCUUCACGGGCCCGUUUCCCAUUUCUACCCAAUUCGCAGCUGAUGCCAGUCUCGUUCAUCGUCAUUUUAUACCGGAGCCACCUUCAGUGUAUCAUAUUCCUGAAUCCAUUGUUUGCUCAACGACGCCAAAUCGGUUGUCCAAACCUCUGUAUUGUCCCAAGCGUGGAGGUUCGUCUGGAAACAUGUCCAUGUUCUUGAUCUGCGUAGUGAUUCCUUCCAAGAGUAUUCGAGUUUCCAGAGGUAUGUUGAGAAUGUUUUGUCCCACCGUGGUCCCUUUAAUGUCAGCAAGAUAAGCUACGUUGAUAGUGGCGAUUCGGAGGAAGUAGAUUUUAGUCUGUUUGACAAGGUCAUCAAGUAUGCCUUAUCUCAUGAUACUCAGCAUUUAGUGGUUGACCUGGACUCGUCGGGUACAUUUAUGGACGAGAAUUACACAUUCUCCGAGCUGUGUGGAACAAUUCCCGAUUGCAACCUCAAAAUGAUGAAAAUAAGAGCUGUCUGGAUCGAUGACUCAUUUGUAGCUUCUGGCUUCGGUAUGCUUACAACUUUACAUUUGGAAGAUUGCAUGUUACAUUCUGCUCUGCUCGAGGACUUCGAUCCCUUCUCAAAGUUUUCUUGUCUGAAUAAGUUGGUCAUGGCUCAUUGCAUGUAUCACGGUAGAAUUAAGAUAUCUGGAUCUCAGUUGCUUAGCUUGGAAUUGGAUGGUAUGGCAUGCUCGGACAUGGAAAUAUCUGCACCAAGACUCAAAUCCUUGAGUCUCUUGCAGGAAUUGGAAUAUCUGCAAUUCACCAAGUUAAGUGUUCCUUCCAUAGAUCAUGUUGAUAUCCGGGCAACUGACAUGAACUUUUUCUUGGAGGAAGAUGAGGAAUGUGUGAGGAAAUCUUUGAUAUCCUUGUUCCAAAAUUUAAAAAAUGCAGUAUUUCUUUCGCUGGGCCACUAUACAGUCAAGGUGCUGAGUGAUAUGUCUGAGUUUCUAGAACAACAACCCUCUCCAUUUACAAGACUGAACUCCGUGAUCAUGGUGACUGACAGUGUACCUUACACAGUCAUCAAUUACUUUCUUAAAGAGACUGCUGCAUGAAGCCGAAAUUUGUGUUUGUGUAGCAUAUUGGUCAGCCAUUUUGCCAUAGUCUCUGAUUAUGGUGUGCAAUUUGUUGCUGUUUGUUUUCAUGAAAUGACUGCCCAACAGCUUAUUUUGACCGUCAGUCUGUCAUAUCUAUUGCGUUAUCACUUCUUUCUCAGUCCCUUGAUAAUAGUAUCCUUACCUUCAGUUGCAAAUAUAGUUUUGAUGUCUGAUAUCUCGACUUUGGUAUGUUCUCCUUGUUUUAAAGUUAUGGACUUGCGGUGCCUUGCAUAAAUCAACUUGUGGCGCUUGCCUAAACCUCUUACUCCUAUGCUUGGCUCAAAAUGGAGCUACAGUAUCAUGGUUCUACUGUUUGAGUUGCGGGUUUUGAAAAUGAAACUUACUCUAGCAAUGGCAGAUGCGAUAUCCAAAUCAUGGAGUGUACCAAUCAUAACUCGUAAGUAUGAGACUAUGAGAAUGUAUGGAUAACUGUUGUUACUGUGUUUAUCUUUGCUUUCCUGAGAUGGCGUAUGUGAUUAAAGCUUGCAAUAAGGCUGCUGAUAUGCUGCUGCAAAAUUGCAUCUUGCAAUUGAUGUCUCAGAAGUAAACGUCAAUCUGAAGUCUAAAUGUAGUGGAAAGAUGUGGACAAAUGCAGAGUAUCGUUAGUGCUAGAGCUUCUUGAAGAGGUGGUGCAUACCGCAACCGGCCAACCGCACCUCAUUGACAGAACCCGAAAACCCUCAGGCACAACCACCAUGAAGUCUGUAACAUCAAUUUCUUUGUAUGAUUCUUCGAAAUUAGGAAGGUUCCUACUUUUAUGAGAAACCCAUUAACCCAUUGGAGUUGCAGAAUUUCAAAGUGCAACCCAAGAAUUCAAGAUCAGAGCAUCAUGAAAUAAAGUUCCGCAAUCUGU